AUGCCGUUCGGUAAAAUUGAACCGUUUGAUCUUUUCGGGGGAAAGUGGUCAUUAUAUGUUCGAAGAGUAGAGCAAUUUAUAUUUUUAAAUGAAAUCAAAAGUACGCAUAAAGUGGCUACGUUGGUGACGUUGGUAGGUGAACGCACCUAUAAUUUAAUGUGUGACUUAUGUGCACCAAACAAACCGGAAGAGAAAACAUUUGAAGAAUUAGUAACAAUAGUAAAAAACCAUUUAGAACCUCAACGUUCAAUAUACGUGGAGCGGGAAGUGUUUCGACAGCGAAAACAAAAAGCUGGGGAAUCCAUACUAGAAUUUUUGCAGCAGUUAAAGCAUUUAGCAACGGAAUGUAAGUUUGGGCAAAAUCUAGAAGAAAAUCUAUGUGAACAGUUCCUUACUGGAUUACGAAGCACGGAUAUUAAAGCUAGAUUGCUGGUCGAGACUAAUUUAACAUACAAGAAGGCGGUGGAGCUAGCUCUAGGAUUAGAAGCUGCGGAGAAGCAUGUGGACAGAGUGAGCGGCCGCAAUAGUUUGGGCGGUGCAUAUUCUGGGGACUUCGGCAGCAACAUAGGUGCAGGCGCAGGCAGCGCGGCCGGCUCAGGCGGCGCGGCCGGCUCGAGCGCGGCCGGUGGCAGCGGCGAGGCGGGCGGCGAGGCGCUGCACGCGCUGCGUGGCGGACCAGCAGGCCGGGCCAGGCCGGCGGCCUCUUCGGCGCUUUGCUGGCGCUGUGGGAAGCCUCAUCGGGCAGAUAAGUGUCGUUAUAAGCAGUAUAAUUGUGAUUUGUGUUUACGUAGAGGGCAUUUGAAGGUGAUGUGUAAAGCGGCCAACAAAACGGCCGAAAACGCCAUAAUUUUAUGA